UCCCCUCCUAUAGGCGGCAGUAAUGGCGGCUGGGAUGAGUUCUGAGCUGGAGGACGGAGCAGUAGCAGCUCUCCAGUACCAUCACAGAGCUACAGCUAACUGGCACUCGGUUGUUUUGAUACAAUGAUGGAAGAUGAAGAGUUAGAAUUUGUGGAGGAUUUGGACGCAAUUUUACACCUUACCCCCGAAGUGCAGCUAGCCAUCGAACAGGUGUUUCCCAGUCAGGACCCACUCGAUCGAGCUGAUUUCAAUGCAGUUGAAUACAUCAACACUUUGUUUCCAACUGAGCAGUCACUCGCAAAUAUAGAUGAAGUGGUGAAUAAAAUUCGCCUGAAAAUCAGACGACUGGAUGACAACAUCAGGACGGUGGUGAGGGGACAAACUAAUGUGGGACAGGAUGGCAGGCAGGCUCUGGAGGAGGCUCAGAUAGCCAUCCAGCAACUGUUUGGCAAAAUCAAAGACAUCAAGGACAAAGCGGAGAAAUCGGAACAAAUGGUAAAAGAGAUCACCCGGGACAUCAAGCAGCUGGACCAUGCAAAGCGUAACCUAACCACGUCCAUUACUACCCUUAAUCACCUGCACAUGCUAGCAGGAGGUGUGGACUCUCUGGAGGCCAUGACACGCAAGAGGCAGUAUGGGGAGGUGGCCAACUUGCUCCAGGGAGUGGUCAACGUGCUGGAGCACUUCCAAAAGUAUAUGGGCAUCCCUCAGAUCCGCCAACUGUCUGAAAGAGUGAAAGCAGCACAAAGCGAGCUAGGCACACAAAUCCUAGCUGACUUUGAUGAGGCUUUUCCUGCACAGGGCUCAAAGAGGCCUGGAGGCCCCAGCAUUGUGCUCAGAGAUGCCUGUUUGGUGGCCAAUGUCCUGGAUCCUCGCAUUAGGCAGGAAAUAAUCAAGAAGUUCAUUAGGCAGCAUCUCUCUGAGUACCUUGUGCUCUUUCAAGAGAACCAGGAUGUGGCAUGGUUAGAUAAGAUUGACCGGCGCUAUGCAUGGAUAAAGCGUCAACUAGUGGACUAUGAGGAGAAGUACAGCCGCAUGUUCCCUGAAGAGUGGUGCAUGACCGAGCGUAUAGCUGUGGAGUUCUGCCAUAUCACCAGGACUGAGUUGGCCAAGUUGAUGCGAGCUCGUGCCAGAGAGAUUGAGGUCAAGCUCUUGCUCUUUGCUAUUCAGAGGACCACCAAUUUCGAGGGGUUGCUGGCUAAGCGCUUCUCAGGCAGCACCUUGAGCAACGGCCCAGCGAAGAGACCGGAGAUGCCCUUGGAGCCCACUAACCCUUUUCUGGAGGAUGAGUCAGGAGAGGACAAUGUUUCUGAGAAGGAUGAAGAUCUGGUCAGGCCGAAGAAGCCCAAGACCCCAGAGAACCCGUUCCACGGCAUUGUUUCCAAAUGCUUCGAGCCUCAUCUCUAUGUCUAUAUCGAAUCACAGGACAAGAACCUCGGCGAGCUGAUUGACCGCUUUGUGGCUGAUUUCCGAGCGCAGGGUCCUCCUAAGUCGGGCACCGAAGAAGGGGGAGCUGUGUUGCCCAGCUGUGCAGAUCUCUUUGUAUACUAUAAAAAGUGCAUGGUGCAAUGCUCUCAGCUGAGCACAGGAGAGCCCAUGAUCGCCCUCACUACCAUCUUCCAGAAAUACCUGCGCGAGUAUGCCUGGAAGAUCCUGUCUGGGAACCUGCCCAAAACAAGCAGUAACAGUGGAGGUUUAACCAUCAGCAGUCUAUUAAAGGAAAAAGAGGGUUCGGAGGUGGCCAAAUUUACCACAGAAGAGCUCUGUCUUAUAUGCAGUAUCCUCAGCACAGCCGAAUACUGCCUUGCUACCACACAACAGCUGGAGGAGAAGCUAAAGGAGAAAGUGGACAAGCCGCUUAUGGAGAGGAUUAACCUAACAGGAGAGAUGGACACCUUUAGCACUGUGAUCUCCAACAGCAUCCAGCUUUUAGUUCAGGAUCUGGAUGCUGCAUGUGAUCCAGCCCUCACAGCCAUGAGCAAGAUGCCAUGGCAGAGUGUGGAACAUGUUGGUGACCAAAGUCCCUAUGUCACUUCUGUCAUCAUGCAUAUUAAACAGAAUGUACCAAUCAUCAGAGACAACCUGGCUGCCACCCGCAAAUACUUCACUCAGUUUUGCAUCAAGUUCAUCAACUCCUUUAUUCCAAAGUUCAUCAACCACCUGUUCCGGUGUAAACCCAUCAGCAUGGUUGGAGCUGAGCAGCUUCUAUUGGACACACACUCUCUGAAGACUGUUUUGUUAGACCUCCCAACCAUUGGCUCUCAAGUCCUUCGCAAAGCUCCAGCGAGUUACACUAAAAUAGUGGUCAAAGGGAUGACUCGGGCAGAGAUGAUUCUUAAGGUGGUCAUGGCCCCUCAUGAGCCGUCAGUGGUCUUUGUGGAUAAUUAUAUCAAGCUUCUUGCUGAUGGCAACCCAGAGACUUUCCAGAAAAUUCUAGACAUGAAGGGACUGAAGCGCAGUGAGCAAAGCAGUAUGCUGGAGCUCUUCAGACAGAGGUUACCCACUCCCCCCUCAGGGCCAGACACAGGACCCUCUAUGUCCUUCAGCGCUCCAACCCCUGAGCAGGAGUCCUCACGCAUCCGCAAACUUGAAAAGCUCAUCAAAAAACGAAUUCAGUGACCAUUUCUUCAUCAAUGUAUUACAAAGGACUUGUUAAAGCUAUAUGCGAUUAUGACUCUUCUGCAGUGUCUUAACUCCUAAAGCGUUCAAAGUGGCAUUAUUUACACAUGUAAAAGCAAACAUUCCCAUAUUAACAUGAAUCAGCCAUCUUGCACCGAAAACCUUAAAAUAACGAAGCUUUCAUUCCAUUAAUUAAUGUAAACCCCAUGAAUCAGAAGUUGUUUGUAAAAUUUCCUGUAACACAUUGCCAUGUUGCUGGCAUGUAUGAGUCAUUUACCCUUGUGUCCCUGAGGUUUUCCUUUUUUUUCUUUCUCUUUUAUAACACUAAUGCACGGGCUUUCCAUAGUGGCUGAACGCCUGCCGUUUACUUUGCACGUUUCUCUGAAAUAUGUUUGCACUUAAAGCAAAGUGGAUGGCAGAGCAAUGCAGAAAAUUACCCUGCUGCUGCUUUGGCACCAAUUCUUCCGGCUUGGGAGUCUGAACAUUGGAAUGAUUUAAGGGCAGGGUUUUCUUUAAAUGUCCCCUUCACCCUUUACAGUAAAUAGUCGUGAGGCACUCUGUGAUUGGUGUGUGUUAGGGGACUCUGUGUGUAAAUGGCACUGGUCUGUAAUUCAGUCUCCAGGUUUAGGAGUAGAGCCCUAGGCGCUCUAUGCCACAGAGAAACUAGGGAUUUAAUGUCUCUCAAUGGGACACAAACAAGUUGCCUUUCUUCCCCUCAGAAUUGACAAAAUUGUAAAGGUUCAAAGAUGUUUUGAGAUGUAUAUCAGCACAUGAGCAGAUCCUGAGUACAGAGUGUUUCUGAAUCUCUGUAAUGUCUUGUAAGGCCUUAUAAAGGGCCUUUGGAUAACUGUAGUCAUAUAUUUUGUGACAUUAGAUUUGAUGCUUAAGAAUCAAGGGUGAAAAUGUAAAAUAUUUAUAUGGUUUUCUGUGUCUAUACAUGUUUGCCUGUUAAUGGAUAUGAUUUUAGAGAUUUUUUUUUUUGCUAUGUAUGAGGUAGGGUGGGGCUUUGGCCAUCUCUGUUGUACUUUUUACUCUGACUACACUGCUCUUAAUCAUACAAUUGUCAUUAAAAGGCAUAGCAAAAAACUUUUCUAAGCUUUCUUAGAAUUAAUUGUAAUGUAUUUCAGUGUAUAGUACCACAGUGAAUAGUGUAAAACCACACCAUCCUGUAAUAACAGUAAAAUACUGUAUACUGCAUGUACACUAUCCAAAGGUAUGUGGACACCUGCCCGUCACACCCAGAUGUGGGUCUUCCCCAAACUGUUGCAACAAAGGUGGAAGCACAGAAUUGACUAAAAUGCCUUUGUAUACUGUAACAUUAAAAUUUCCCUUCACUGGAACUAAGAGGCCCAAACCUGUUCCAGCAUCACAAUGCCCCUGUGUACAAUGCAACAUCCAUGAAGACACAGUUUGCCAAUUUUGAUGUGAAUGAACUUGAGUGGCCUGCACAGAGCCCUGACCUCAACCCCACUGAACACCUUUAGCAUGAAUUGGAACUCUGACUGAACCCUCAGACCUCCUCAUCCAACAUCAGUGCCUGACCUCACUAAUGCUCAUGUGGUUGAAUGGGCAAAUCCUCACAAUCAUGCGCUAAAAUCUACUGGAAAGCCUUCCCAGAAGAGCGGAAGUUAUUAUUACAGUAAAGGGAACUAAAUCCAGAACAGAUUGUUCAAUAAGACAAUGAGUAACGAUUGGUCUUAUGCUCACAUACUUUUAAACAUAUAGGGUGUCAUACUGUCUAUGAAUAUUAGAUGUUGUGCUUCUAUGGUAGGAAAGCCAACUGCCUAUUUGUCAUUUUUAAAUCUCUCAUAUUUGCUAAAGAGCUCUGAAUCACUGUGGUGUUGUACAUGUGUGCGCACAGUUUAGUAUGGUAGUGUGUAUGAUGCAUCUAAAAUGUCAUUUAUAGGUAAAGUAUUUAAAAUGUUUAAAGCAGUUAUCACAAACCCUGUUCCAGGAGAUUGACCUUUUUGUGGCUUUUAUCUCCAACCCAAAUCUAACACCUGUUUUUAGUUGAUCAGGAGGCAAUGAUUAGAUGGUCAGGUGGGCACGAUUAUGGUUGAAGCUAAAAUAUUCAUGAAAGUAGGUCUCCAGGAACAGGGUUGGUGACCUCUGUUGUAAAGAAAUACCCAAUCUUUUUUACAACAUAAUCCGCCUCCACUGCAUCUGUACCAUGUUCACUGUGUAGCAAAAUGUACUGUACUGAGCUAAGAACCAAAACCUUUUCACUCAAAACUGGCAUAUAAUGGAAGUCUAAGAGCAGUUGUUUGGUGCCAUCAAUAAAUGUUUUAAAAUGCAUUACUGUAUAGUGCAAACUGAAAUUUUUAACUGUUCCACUCCAUACAGGUCUUCAGACAAGACAGGCAUGAGAGAAUGUCUUACUACAGCUGUUCUUAAGCAGAUCUUAAGUAUCAAACUUCCUUGCACUGAAGCAUUGUGGAAAUAAUUUUGGUUACUGACACUCCCCUAAGGUUUUGUGGUAUGUGAUUUGUGUGUGAUAAGUCUGGAACUGACUCGAUUAUGUGUUUGAGUGUCUACACCAUAUACACUCUCCAAAAGAUUGUACCUUGUACCUUGUUGCUGCAUGGGGUCAAACCAUCAAGCAUAUACCUUUACCAUAUUACUUUUAGGAUUUUUUUUUUAACCUAGAAAAGAGCAUGUAGUGUACCUUUUUAAAGCUUUACUCUAAAUCUAACUAUGGCCCAUUUAUGUACCUUAAAUCAUUUUGGUAGGUACACUAUAAGCCUUUUCUAUUGAAAGGUACAAAACACUUGGUACCAGCCCUGCAACAAGGAAGUGUAGCCUACAGUUUACUACUACUGUUUUUUUCUGACAUAACUACAUCAACUUUGAAAAUCUCAUGUCUGUACAAAGGAUGACUUAUUGAUGACUUACUACAGCUGUCUGAAGAAUAAAUGUUUUCUGCAAAAUAUGUUUUACAUAAACACAUAGUGCCUGCCCCAACAAGUGUGCCUUUAGACUUUCAUUAUAAGUGAGUUUUGAGUAACCAGUUUUUUGUUUGUUUGUUUUGGGGUUGUUGUUUUUUUUGGCUG